GCGAUGCUGGAAAACGGCUCCCUGCGGAACUGCUGCGACCCGGGCGGGCGGGGCCGCUUCGGCUCUGCGGAGCGGGAGGCGGCGGCGGCCGCGCGGCCCGCCUGGGUGGUGACGGCGCUGUCCAGCGUGCUGAUCUUUACCACCGUGGUGGAUAUCCUGGGCAACCUGCUGGUCAUCAUCUCCGUCUUCAAGAACCGCAAGCUCAGGAACUCAGGUAAUGCAUUUGUGGUGAGCCUGGCUUUGGCUGAUUUGGUGGUGGCCUUGUAUCCAUACCCACUGGUGCUCUUAGCUAUUUUCCACAAUGGAUGGACUUUGGGUGAAAUGCAUUGUAAAGUGAGUGGCUUUGUGAUGGGACUAAGUGUAAUAGGCUCUAUUUUCAACAUCACUGCAAUUGCAAUAAACCGAUAUUGCUAUAUAUGUCAUAGUUUUGCCUAUGACAAAGUGUACAGCUGUUGGAACACAAUGCUGUACGUCUCCUUAAUCUGGAUAUUAACAAUAAUUGCAACUGUGCCAAAUUUUUUUCUUGGUUCUCUAAAGUAUGAUCCACGCAUCUAUUCGUGCACAUUUGUUCAGACUGCAAGCUCCUACUAUACAAUAGCUGUUGUGGUAAUUCACUUCAUCGUCCCUAUCACCAUUGUGAGCUUCUGCUACCUUCGCAUUUGGGUUUUAGUGCUUCAAGUUAGAAGACGAGUCAAGUCAGAAACAAAGCCAAGACUGAAGCAAAGUGACUUCAGAAACUUUCUCACCAUGUUCGUGGUUUUUGUGAUUUUUGCUUUUUGCUGGGCACCUCUAAAUUUCAUUGGACUGGCUGUAGCCAUCGAUCCUAUGGAAAUGGCACCAAAAGUUCCUGAAUGGUUAUUCAUUAUAAGCUACUUCAUGGCCUAUUUCAACAGCUGCCUUAAUGCAAUAAUAUAUGGACUUCUUAACCAAAAUUUUCGGAAUGAAUAUAAACGAAUUUUAAUGUCACUGUGGAUGCCAAGGCUUUUCUUCCAGGACACAUCCAAAGGAGGAACUGAUGGCCAGAAGAGCAAGCCUUCUCCUGCUUUAAACAACAAUGACCAAAUGAAAACUGACACCUUGUAAAUAUGUGAUAGUCAAUGCAGAAGUCUGUCAGGAAGACCUCCAAGAAUGUAGUUGUAAUGUUCCAGCCAUUUUUGCUUACUUUGGGGGCUUUUCAUUUGGAUGGCACUUUGUGACUGGAAUACUGUAUUCUUGAUAAAGCACAUUGCUCUUAGUUCAUGAUUUAUACAAGAUAUCAAUUGAAAACACAUUUCAGAAUUAAAGCAGCAGGUGAAAGCAAGCUGGUUUAGUUCUGAGAGUUGAAUUCUACUCCCAGAUACAUGCAUGAGGCAUUUUUCACUUCAGUGUGAGUUUUGUAUUCUUUAUACAAGGUCAGAAUUCAUUUCUUAGAAGACGUAUUGAUGGUACUUUUCUAUGGGCACAGCAGCUCACCAGGGCUCUGGAGUGAUAUAUUCCUCCCUCCUGUAUCUGAAAAAAGAGGGUGAAGUAGAUAUACUGCUCUUCACACAUAAGCCAACAAGACGUUUCUGUGCAUGUACUGAUGGCAGCAGUAGUAUCUUUGAAUCACACUUGUAAAUCAAAGAGAACAAUGUUUGUGUGAAAGCAAAUAUUAACACAAGGGCCUUUCCAGAUAGUUUUUUUUGUGCUUACGUACACUGAGAUUAGGAAUACAGUUUAUUAACACUA